AUGUCCUCCGCCAAAGCCGUAGCCUUCCUGCAGCGCAUCGGCGUUGCCCAUCCACUCAUACAGGCACCCAUGGCCGGCACCUCUACGCCUGCCAUGGCCGCCGCCGUAUCCAACGCUGGCGCCCUCGGCUCAAUCGGCAUCGGAGCAGCAGACGCAGCAAAGACUCGCAAGAUGAUCCAGAGCGUCAAGGCCCUCACCGACAAGCCGUACAACGUAAACGUCUUUGUGCAUGAAGACCCGGCCCCUGACGCUGCGCGCGACGCACGUUGGAUCGAGUUCCUCCGCCCCGAGUUUGAGCGACUCGGCGGCGCGCCGCCUACGGCGCUAAAGACUGUGUACCAGUCGUUUGCGUCGGACAAGGCAACGCUCGACGUCCUCCUCGAGGAGAAGCCUCCGAUCGUCAGCUUCCACUUUGGCCUUCCGCCUGCGUCCACUAUUGCUGCUCUCAAAGGCUACGGUGCGACACUGUUCGCUACAGCAACGAGCCUUGCAGAGGCCCGGGCAGUCGAGGCCGCCGGCGUGGACGCCAUUGUUGCCCAAGGCAUCGAGGCCGGUGGGCACCGAGGCGCCUUUGACGACAACGCACCCGACGACCAGCUGGGCAUGUACACUCUUGUGCGCCUUUUGGUCAAGAACUGCAACAUUCCCGUCAUCGCCGCGGGCGGUAUCAUGGACGGCGCUGGGAUCCGCGGCGUCCUCGACCUUGGUGCCGCAGCUGCUCAGCUCGGUACGGCUUUCAUCGGGUGUGACGAAUCCGACGCAGACGAGGGCUACCGUGCUGCUCUCGCCGGACCGGCUGCCGAGCACACGAGGCUUGUGAACGUCGUCUCGGGUCGCCGAGCACGCAGCUUGGCGACCAGCUGGACUGCGAUCGCCGCUGCCGGAGCCCUGCCCGUGGCAUCGUAUCCCAACGCAUACGACAUUGGCAAGCAGCUCACCGCACUGGCAAAGUCCAAAGGCAACCACAGCUACGGAGCUUACUGGGCCGGCCAAGGAGCCCCACUUUCGCGUCCCAUGCCGGCAGCCCAGCUGGUAGAGACGCUCCUCAAAGAGCUGGCCGCCACCCAACUGUAG